AUGGCGAGACUCGGAGCUGCUUUCGGAGCCGAGGCCGAAAUGUUGCUGGCUCCAAAGCCAAAAUUCUCGAUGGUCAAGGGCUUUAGUCAGCUGAUCAAAGCAGAUUACCGAAUAAGAGAACAUACAUUCGGAUGUCUUGAACGUCUGACCGAGGAGCAAACGACGGACGACGCCCAAGAUCAUGCUCGAUUUGAGCGUGCGUUCUGCCACAGCCUUGGCUUUGGUACGGCGAAAUGUGUGACUAAAGUCCGUGCUCUCCUGGGACAUAGUGACCCAAGAAUAGGAUAUCUUGAAGAUGCAGUAGCCAAUCUUCGCAAGAACGGGUAUCACUCCUUUACGAACGCCGCGGUGGAGGCUUUGACAAGUACCGGGCAUCUCGGAAAUCCCAAUUUGCCCCAUGAGUACUGGCGGUCCGACUCCUUGAUAAACGUCGUCAACCUGUCACAUAGGGAAUAUCGUACCAUGCCGGAGACAUUCGGCCCUGUCCACUUCGCUACUUCUUGGUUGGGCAGUGUCCCGAUGCACCUUAUGAUUGAGCAAAGCGACUAUCAAUCAUGUGAAAAUUUCGCUUUUAGAAUCCUGGAAGUAUCACCAUCAAGAGCGACACGGGAAGGACACUGGACUGAAGCAGAGCUGGAACUCAAGUCUUUUACACGGAGUCUUAGAGCACUGCAAUGGGAUGCAAUUGAUCAGGACGUCGUGAUAAGCAUGAGAAAUCUCGCAGCUGUAUUCGAAGCCCGUGGAUGUGCGGACGAUGUGAAGCAGUUGGAACUGAAGAUCACUAGUGUCGUGGAGGGUAUCUCAGGGCACAGUUAUUCCGCAAAUCCGCUCGAUCUCGAAUGGCUACAUUCACUUACAUUAUAUUAG